CUGUCGCCUUGGUAACAGACGCGCUCUCCGCACUUCCGGGUUUCCAAAAACGUAACAUUUCUUACAGUGUAUCAUCUCCUCAUUUAGCUAGGUAGCAAUAUCAAUGUUCGUCUGUGGCUCGGUUACUUUAUAAUAUUGAUGAUUCGGUGAUAUCCGCUCUGUUGUUGGUUGGUAAAAAACACACUGGCUAUCGUAAUGUUUGAGUCAGAGCCCCGGGCUGGGAUAACGGAGGAGGAGGAGGAGAGGAGAGAGGCAGAGCAGCUAGAGACAGAGUUGGAUAAAUACUUCUUCACGGUGUUUGACGGCUCGUCUCCUGAAGAUGUGUCUCACGCCAAGCAGCUGUGGACCUCUUUGUCACUGCUGCCUCCGCUAGAGUCCCGCCUGGUCAACGCAGACAUCCGCCAAAGGCUGCCGAUAGCCCGGACAAACCACGAGCCACUUCUGGUAGUCGACACCAAUGCUGCUCUCAAACCAUCUUCUUCUGACCAUAGAGAGAGGCUGCAGGAGGUUCGCCAUCAGAAGCAGAGACAGGAGGACAGGCUGCAGGAGGUUCGCCAUCAGAAGCAGAGACAGGAAGAGAGACAGAGAUACAUGGACAUGGUGAGAGGAAAUGACCCGGGGUGUGUGUGUUAGAGUAGAGGUGGUAGUGACCAGUGAUAUAGUGGUCUCCU